CGGGAAACGAAGUCAUCUGAGUUCUCUUCCACUCUCAAGUGCAGAGCAGCUUUGAAGCCCUCCCACCCUCGCCUCCAUUCCUGGGGGACUCCUCGCCCCGCCCCUUCGGCCUCAGUAAGGGCGCCAGAGGGUUAAAGAGGACGUCCCAGCGUCAUGCCAGGGGUAGAGCUUCCAGCCUGCAGACACUCCUUCCUCUCCACUGUGCCCCUCCUGCGGUGAUAGCCGAGGCGCAGCGUUUCUCGGGAGCUGCUGAAUCGGUGCCAGUGCCACUUUCGAAGGAGCGUUUACACUCAGGUGCCCUUGCACCUUUCAUCCUUCCGGGCUUGUAACCAUCCUGAAGAUGGCGGCUUACAAACUCCUCUCCUCGGGGCUCAGACUCAGCAUCUUCUUCCCUGGAGCCAAGGGCUCCCGGAGCGGACCCGCCCUAGCCAAGGGUUGUGGUGGCUACUUUUCCACCAGCACUUGCCAUCACACUCGAUUUUAUGAUGAUCCAGUGGCAGCAGUCAAAGACAUCCCAGAUGGAUCUACAAUCCUAGUCGGUGGUUUUGGGCUCUGUGGAAUUCCAGAGAACCUCAUAGGAGCUUUAUUGAAGACUGGAGUAAAAGGACUAACGGCAGUCAGUAAUAAUGCAGGCGUUGAAGACUUUGGCUUGGGUCUUUUACUUAAGUCUAAGCAAAUAAAACGCAUGAUUUCCUCUUAUGUGGGAGAAAAUUCAGAAUUUGAACGGCAGUACCUAGCUGGUGAAUUAGAAGUGGAGCUUACCCCACAGGGAACACUUGCAGAGCGGAUUCGUGCAGGGGGCGCAGGAGUUCCAGCCUUCUUCACCAGUACAGGCUAUGGAACAUUGGUGCAGGAGGGAGGUUCGCCCAUCAAGUAUAAUAAAGAUGGCAGCAUUGCAAUCGCCAGCCAGCCAAGAGAGGUGAGAGAGUUUGAUGGCCAUCAUUAUAUUUUGGAGAAAGCCAUCACAGGUGAUUUUGCCCUGGUAAAAGCCUGGAAAGCAGAUCGUUCAGGAAAUGUCAUUUUCAGGAAAACUGCAAGGAAUUUCAACUUGCCUAUGUGUAAAGCUGCAAAUACCACGGUGGUAGAGGUUGAAGAAAUUGUUGAUAUUGGAUCAUUUGCUCCAGAAGAUAUUCAUAUUCCCAAGAUUUAUGUUCAUCGCCUUAUAAAGGGAAAAACAUAUGAAAAAAGAAUUGAGCGUCUGAUAAUUCGAAAGAAGGAUGAUGGGAAAGCCAAAUUCAAGUCUGAUGAUAACGUAAGAGAAAGGAUCAUCAAACGAGCAGCCCUCGAGUUUGAGGACGGCAUGUAUGCUAAUUUGGGUAUAGGAAUCCCUCUUCUGGCCAGCAACUUCAUCAGUCCUGACAUUACUGUUCAUCUGCAGAGUGAAAAUGGAGUCCUAGGCUUGGGUCCUUAUCCAUUGGAAAAUGAAGCUGAUGCAGACCUGAUUAAUGCAGGCAAGGAAACAGUCACUGUUCUUCCAGGGGCCUCGUAUUUCUCCAGCGAUGAAUCAUUUGCUAUGAUUAGAGGUGGCCAUGUCAACUUAACAAUGUUAGGAGCGAUGCAGGUUUCAAAGUUUGGUGAUCUGGCCAAUUGGAUGAUUCCAGGAAAGAUGGUGAAAGGAAUGGGAGGUGCUAUGGACUUAGUGUCCAGCUCAAAAACCAAAGUGGUCGUCACCAUGGAGCAUUCGGCAAAGGGAAAUGCACACAAAAUUCUGGAUAAGUGCACAUUACCGCUUACUGGGAAGCAAUGUGUGAACCGUAUCAUUACUGAAAAGGCCGUGUUUGAUGUGGACAAGGAAAAAGGGUUGACUUUGGUUGAAAUCUGGGAAGGACUGACAGUGGACGACAUAAAGAAGAGCACUGGAUGUGAUUUUGUUGUUUCACCAAAACUCAUGCCAAUGAAGCAAAUUGUGACUUGAGAUGUGGACUAAAUAGCAUUUAUUUUACUACACUGUGGUUUUGGAUAUUUUUCUAAUCACACAGGAGUUAAUUAAAAGGAAAGGAAAUCCA